AUGUCGGAGCCCAAAAAGCUUUGGAGGAAUGAUCAUUUGGAAGAACCUCCGCUCUCAGCCUGGUUUAAUCCUAAAAAACGUCCUGAUGUUAUAGCAACAACUGAUUGGCUCGCUCCGGUCAUAUGGGAAGGAACUUAUAACAGACAAGUUCUAGACAAAUAUUACAAGAGACUGAACAUUACCAUAGGCUUGGCUGUCCUUGCUACUGGAAACUUUACAAAACAGUCCCUGAAACACUUCAUAAAAUCUGCUGAUAAGUACUUCAUGGUUGGCUACAACGUUAUCUUUUACAUCUCCACUGAUAACAUCCACAAUCUACCGUACUUAGAGUUGAGUCCUCUUCGGUCAUUUAAAACACUGAAGCUGCCCGAUGACUGUACUCCCAGAAACAUGAAGAACAUGAAAAGUAAAAUCAUGCAUCACAUCCAAUAUGAAGUCAACUUUCUCUUCAUUAUGGCUGUGAACCAGAUCUUCAAGAAAGACUUUGGAGUUGAAACCCUGGGCAAAUCUGUAGCUCAACUCCACGCAUGGUGGUAUUUAAAAAAACCCAAAGAUUUCCCUUACGAGAGGAGAGCUAAAUCAGCAGCUUCUAUCGCCUUUGGGGAGGGAGACUUCUAUUACCACAGUGCCAUUAUUGGUGGCACACCCAGUAACAUCUUAGCUUUCAUUAAUCAAUAUCUAAAGGGAAUUACAGAUGACAUCACAAAUAAACUUGACAGCACAUAUGAAAGCCACCUAAACAAAUAUUUGUUAAUCAAUAAGCCCACUAGGGUGUUAUCACCAGAGUACAACUGGGAUCCGAAAUUUAAGACUCCUCCACAAAUAAAGCACAUUAAGAUAGCAUGGCAGCCAUAA